AUGACAGAAGAAGUCCCAGCAGGAUCCACCAUGCCCGAGUGCAACGGGAGCAUCCCCCCGGAGAAGGGCCCGCACCAGGUCGUCGGUGUCAUCGAUGAAAUAACAAAAUCUGUUGAGACAGUGCCUUAUGUGAAUGCAGAAACAAGCCCUGAGCCUCCACCUGGGAAAGAAAAUCAGGAGGAAAAUAGAAAUUCGUUGGCAGAGGAUGUAACAUGUGGGGAUUUUGUUGCCGAGAAGCAAUGCGAAGAAAAGCCAGAGGGAAGCGAUGGGACACUACAGCCAGGGCCAGCUGCUGCCCAGGACACGGGGACCGACGGACAGGAAUCGGAGGGAGGGCUGGGCAGGGCUGUGGGCAGUGGGCAGCCAGAGCCAGGGGCAGCCGGGACCCCCACGUCUGACAGCACAGGUGAUGCCCAGGAGGAGGCAGAGGAUGAUGAUGAUGAGGAGGAGGAGGACACCGAAGAGGAUGAAGUUCAGGUGAUCGAAAUGAAGAAGGAGAACAGCGAGGCAUCCCACCUAAAGCAGCAAGACAGCAGCAAGGAGGCAUCUUCCCCCACCAGCCCAGGCUGUGACACCCAGCCUGAGAAACCCGGGGAGCUGCCCAGCCUGGGGAAAAAGAAUGAUAUCUCCAGACACAGCUAUUCCCGAUACAACACAAUCUCCUACAGGAGGAUCAGGAAAGGAAACACCAAACAGCGGAUCGAUGAGUUCGAGUCCAUGAUGCACUUAUGAACUGAGCUGCACAAGGGUGUCAUCA